GUUCCCGUGAGGGGUAGUGGUGUCCCAAUCCAUCUUUGCGUGUAGGGGUAGUGGACAUAACGAGGGGGAGGGGCCAUGAAUCUCGCCCUUCAGAGCGAGGGAGAUCAGAUGCUGACUCGCCGAGCGAGGGCCGGUAUAAUUUCCCAGAGCGCUUUGCGGCUCCAUUUCCAAAACAACAAUGGCGACCCCCGGAGAGCGAGAGGACCCGGAGAAGAAAGUUUACAAAUGGACUCCGAAUCAAGUCCGACACCUGAUAAGGUAUCGGACUAGCAAGGAGGACCUCUUCACCAAAAAGAAAUACGCUGCUAAAGCGCUAUGGGAGAAACUCAUCAAAGAACUGGACCUGGAGGGCAAGGUGACCACAGCACAGGUUUCCAAGAAAUGGGAAAACCUCAAAAAGAAAUAUAAGGACCUCAAAACUCCCAAGACUGGGUCAGGGACUGACUGUGGGGAAGUCACAGCAGCCACGUGGAUCUUCUAUGAAGACAUGCAUGCAGCUUUGGGGGCCAGACCUUCAGUUCAGCCUCCAGUGUUGGUAGCAUCUUAUGAAGAUCCCACACAAAUCCUCAUGAACAUAAUCAACCCUCCGCUGUCACCAGUGUCCUCUCCCUCAACUCAGGCGGAAAGCACAGAGAACACUUUGGAAGAGGCCAGCACAUCAUCAGCCCCCAGCCCUGCAUCAGCUGGAAGUGCCUCUGACCCACCACCAACCACUGCAUCUUCCUCAAAACGGGCAGCAGGUCUGCUUCCAUCCUCACCACCCCCCAAAAAAAGAAAGAACCCUGUGCUGGACUUCCUGAAGGAGGAGUCUGCAAAGGAACAGCAACGUCAUGAGGAGAGUGAGGCGAAAAUGGACAGGUUUUUAAGCUUAUUUGAGCAGCUUGUCAACAAAAUUCCUGAUAAGCAGUAGUAGAACACAAACAUCCCUACACUGUUCUUUUUUAAGAUGGUUAUUUCACAGCAAUUUAUAUGUAUAUAUUAUAGUUAUUUGUGUUCAUAUUAUUGAUAAUUUAUUUGUUCAUAGCAUUGUAUUACGGCAUUGUUUUUCGCUUUGUAAGUAGUUACUUCAUAAUUUAAAGAAACAGCACUUUACUUUUCUUGUCUUGUGUGCAAUAUCUUUGUUUAAAAUAGUUGUUUAAAAGUUGCUGCAGUUUGUGUUCAAUAAAUCCGGUUUUGUUUAAAGAACUUAGUUGUAAUUCUUUUUCUGCUGUGAUACAAAAAUACAAGUGCAUCAAAGAUGAUUUUAAUGUUUUUUCUUCCACACUCCAGGGCUCAGAUAAUCCUGCACAAAAAAAUAAUUUUGUACAAAUCAUAUUUAUUUUAAACCAGUUUUCAGAGGUCAGUGGUGACAACCAUAAAAAGAAAAAGUUCAACUUUUCAUUUUUACAUAUUUACAGGCCAUUAACUGACAGUAACCAGUGACUGACAAUAUGACGA